CACCGCCGUGCUGCCGCUGUCACCGGGGCCGCGCUGCCCCGGCCGGGCCGGGCGCUGCCGCUCCUGGGGGGCUGCGGCAACCCCGGCCCCGCUCGGCUCCGUUCCCAGCCCGGCGCGGUUCAUUCUCCACACAGCUUUGGGUUCCUCUCCCGGCCCGGCUCGGCUCCGUUUCCAGCCGGGUUCUGUUCCUUUCCCAGCCCUGUUUGGGUUCCUCUCCCGGCCCGGUUCGAGUCCCGAUUUAGGGUCAUUUCCCGGCCGGGUUUGGGGUCAUUUCCCAGAGCAGUUCUAUUCCUUUCCCUGCCUGGUUUGGGUUCCUUUUCCAUCCAGGUUUGGGUUCCUUUCCUGGCCCGGUUUGGAUCAUUUCCCAGCCCGGUUCUGUUCCUUUUCCAUCCAGGUUUGGGUUCCCCUCCCGGCCGUGUGGACACUCAGGGUCAGGAAAGGUUUCCCACGGGUGUUUCAGGGGAAUCUCAGAGUGGAAGAGUUCGUGGGGCAGGAGAUGGGAGAAAAUCAGAGGUGGAAAGGUUCCAGGGUGGAGUGGAGGGACCCAAACCCCUGGGAAAGGGAAUCAAACCUCCAGGAAAGGGAAUCAAACCCCUGGGAAAGGGAAUCAAACCUUUGGGAAAGGGAAUCAAACCUUUGGGAAAGGGAAUCAAACCUUUGGGAAAGGGAAUCAAACCUUUGGGAAAGGGAAUCAAACCCCCGGGAAAGGGAAUCAAACCUUUGGGAAAGGGAAUCAAACCUUCAGGAAAGGGAAUCAAACCUUUGGGAAAGGGAAUCAAACCUCCAGGAAAGGGAAUCAAACUCUGGGAAAGGGAAUCAAACUCUGGGAAAGGGAAUCAAACCCCUGGGAAAGGGAAUCAAACCUUCGGGAAAGGGAAUCAAACCUCCAGGAAAGGGAAUCAAACCCCUGGGAAAGGGAAUCAAACCUCUGGGAAAGGGAAUCAAACCUCCAGGAAAGGGAAUCAAACCUUUGGGAAAGGGAAUCAAACCUUUGGGAAAGGGAAUCAAACCUCUGGGAAAGGGAAUCAAACCUCCAGGAAAGGGAAUCAAACCUCCAGGAAAGGGAAUCAAACCUUUGGGGAAGGGAAUCAAACCUCCAGGAAAGGGAAUCAAACCCCUGGGAAAGGGAAUCAAACCUCUGGGAAAGGGAAUCAAACCUUUGGGAAAGGGAAUCAAACCUCCAGGAAAGGGAAUCAAACCCCUGGGAAAGGGAAUCAAACCUCUGGGAAAGGGAAUCAAACCUUUGGGAAAGGGAAUCAAACCUUUGGGAAAGGGAAUCAAACCUUUGGGGAAGGGAAUCAAACCUCCAGGAAAGGGAAUCAAACCCCUGGGAAAGGGAAUCAAACCUCCAGGAAAGGGAAUCAAACCCCUGGGAAAGGGAAUCAAACCCCUGGGAAAGGGAAUCAAACCUUUGGGGAAGGGAAUCAAACCCCUGGGAAAGGGAAUCAAACCCCUGGGAAAGGGCCCAGAGCUCUCUGAAAAGGACCUGAACCCCUGAAGAAAGGAACAGAACCCUCUGAGUGGGCUGAAACCCCAAUGAAGGAGCCCAAAACCUUUGGAAAAUGUCUUGAAGGGACCCCAAAACCUCUGAAAGGCACCCAAAAACCUCUGAGAGUGACCCCAAACCCCCAGAGAGUGACCCUAAAACUCUGACAUUGCCCCCAAACCCUCUGAGAGGGACCCUGAACCCCCUGAGAGUGACUCAAAACCUCUGAAAUUGACCUCAACACCUCUGAAAGGGACCCACACACCCUAAAGUUCACCCCAGACACCCUAAAAUUGACCCCAAACACCCUAAAGUUGACCCCAAACACCCUAAAAUUGACCCUAAACCCUGUAAAAUUCACCCCAAACACCCUAAAAUUGACAAAAAAUCCCCUAAAAUUGACCCCAAACACCCUAAAGUUGACCCUAAACCCUGUAAAAUUCACCCCAAACACCCUGAGAUUGACCCCAAACACCCUAAAAUUGACAAAAAAUCCCCUAAAAUUGACCCCAAACCCUGUAAAAUUCACCCCAAACCCCCGGAGGCAGCAAACCCAAAGCCAGGCACAGUUUGCAGGGUUUUCCCUGAGGUUUUUUUUUGGGAUAAAGCAGAAUUCCCAGGAGUUAUUUAUUAUCCCUGGAACUUUGGGAAUAAAUCAAUCCCGAGCAGUUCAUUAACUCAGCAGAGAGCUGGGAACGUUCCUGGGAAUUCUGAUCCCGAGGGAAAGGAGGAAUUGCUGCAUCAUUAACCAGGAUUUUCAUGGGAAAAUCCGGAUUUUCUGGGAAUUCUGCUCCAGAGCCGAGUUUU